AUGUCUCACAUGCCGCGGAGGAGCAGACGAGAAGACGACCCGAAAAUGAUUGGUCUGUGGAAGGUCGGACGGACAAUCGGGAAGGGGAGCUCAGGUCGCGUCAGAAUCGCGCGCCAUACCAAGACCGGCCAGUAUGCUGCGGUGAAGAUCGUCUCUAAGAACGCGCUCCUCAGUUCAAGAAUGUCUUUGCACAGCCUUGGAGACGAAGCUGAGAGGAUACUGCACAGUAUUGAGCGGGAGAUUGUCAUCAUGAAGCUCAUCGAACACCCGAACAUCAUGCGCCUCUACGACGUCUGGGAAACAUCUACAGAGCUGUACCUCAUCUUGGAGUACGUCGAGGGCGGUGAGCUCUUUGACUACCUGUGCAACAAGGGUCGACUCUCGACUUCCGAGGCCCUCGGCUACUUCCAGCAGAUCAUCACUGCAGUGCACUACUGUCAUCGCUUCAAUAUUGCUCAUCGAGACCUGAAGCCCGAAAACUUGCUGCUCGACCGGAACAAGAACAUCAAGGUGGCAGAUUUCGGAAUGGCGGCAUGGCAGAACAAAAGUGACCUUCUGCAGACCGCCUGUGGAAGCCCACACUACGCCGCACCUGAAGUCAUCAUGGGACGCGCAUAUAACGGAUCUUCUUCCGACAUCUGGUCUUGUGGCAUCAUUCUCUAUGCUCUGCUUGCUGGGCGCCUGCCAUUUGACGACGAGGAUCUGCCCACACUGCUCGAGAAGGUGAAACUCGGAAAAUAUACCAUGCCGUCAGAUAUCGAUUCCCGUGCAAAGGAUCUCAUCUCCAAGAUGCUUCAAAAGGACGUUUCGAAACGGAUCACCAUGCAAGGGAUCCUUCAGCAUCCAUUUUAUACCUCACAGAAGCCUAAGAAGAUGGACUAUGAUACUCCGAAUCUGGAUGUCAUCGCUCGGCCUCUUGCAAGCAAGGAAGACAUAGACCCAGAUAUCCUCGCCAACGUACGGACACUCUGGCACGGCGUACCUGACGACGAGAUCAUCGACAGCCUGACUAACGACGAACAAACCUGGGAAAAGGGCGUGUAUCACCUGCUUGUUCGCUACCGCGAGAAUCACUUGGAGAACUUUGAGGAAGAGGAAGAGCAGCUGGCGGCAAGGCGCUCUCAACGGCGUUGCAAGAAGGACGACGGCCGGGCAGAACAACCGCAGUCUCUCCCACCUCGUACAGGACCGCCCACUCCGCGUCGCGCCGCAAGAGCGUCAGAGACGGUGGAGUCAAUGAACUUGGCACCAGGUCUGUGCCAAAUGCGCCAGCUCUCUUUCCUCGGAUCGAGCCUUGCGAUCUCAAGUCAAACAACGCCGACCGCACGGGUAGAUACUCACCGUCCCCAAGCAUCAACUUCUGCGGCAUCCUCUCUAGCUGUUCCCACCGCUCGUUCCCCAGCAACUCCACGAGCUACCAGCCCAAUUGCCCUCCAGGUGCCUGAGAUUCAAGACGAGCGGAUCCAGCAGUUCUUCCACCAGAUCGUUGAGCAUUUGCAAGUGAUGCAAGCCGCGGGAAGUCCGCAACCUCCACAUGGAUUACACGACUCGUUGAUGUCUCCCCUGAAUACUGCUGCCCCUCCUCCGACUCCGCUAACGAUGGAUCCGCGCAGCCCGCGUGACGGAAGGCAGCUCCCCGGCAGACGACAAGACAUGUCCAUUUCGACUGACACAUUCGCCACAGAGGAUUCGGUAUGCACGAACGGAACUACCCGGCCGCUGCGCAUUCGGCCGCGUACACCCCAGCGGGGGCAUGCUGAAGAGGACAAGGAGAACACUGGCCAUCUUCCGCGACUGACCAUCAAGACUGACUUCGACGGCGCAUACACGAAGUCUCCCACGCGGAAACCGUUCACGCAGAGCGCCCACGUCGACAGACGAGUGCAGAUCAUCGAGCCACUCACUGUCGAGCGCGCACGGCUAAAGAAGCGGCGCCACCUCGCGGCUUCACCAGCUUCCCCCGCCUCUGCACUCUCCGACAGCUCGUUCGCGCUGCCCUCGACGCCGAAGCGACGCUGGUUCCCGCAGCUUUUCAAGUUCAGACCCACCACGUACCACCUACUCUCGGUAGAGGAGUCGCAUCGCACCCUGGAGGCGUGUCACCAGCUGCUCGAAGCUAUAGGCGUGUCCGUCGCACUUGCACACGCACCAUCCUCUGACCCGAACAGCCCUGUUCACAGCAGCGAGACGAUGACGCUCAAGUGCUGGCUAGACGAUGGCAAAGGCAUCAAGGGUGCGCGUUUCCGUGUGGAGAUCCAAAAGCCCAGCGGGAUUCAGAUGAUGGCGGGAUACUCCGUGCUCCUGAGCUUGGUGCUGGAAAGGGGUGCUGCAACAACUAUGAAACUGGUUUACAACCGGCUGAGGAGAGAGUGGAACUUGGAUUCGGCGCUGACGUCAUCGCCGAUGGCGAGCCGCUCUCCCAUGCUAGAUGACGACGAAAGAUUCGUGGAGGUGGUCUAUGCUCAGUGA